GUGAGAUGUGGAUGGGUGGAGCUGCUCCUAAUCCAGUCUGAUAAGAGGUGGGGAUGGGAGGGCCCUGGGCCGCUCUCUCCAUGUUAUUGCCUGUAUGAGGGAUGGUGCAAGCAGUAAAGGGUUCCCAGUCUCUCAGCCCUGCAGCAGGGAGACCUGAUAACACCAUGUGGGCAGCAGUGGUCCUGGGCAUACUGACAGCCCUGUUCGCUUGGCUUUGGUUUGGUAGAUCAGGGGAGGAAGAGGAGAGAAGAACAGGGUCACCAGAAAAGCAGCUCCAGCCUGUGGUGGAGGAGGAGGAGGAAGAGCAAGUAGCUAUUGCAGAGGAAGGUGAGGACACCUGUGCGGGGACCAAUGUAAAGCCCCAGCAGGAAUGUGUGGGAAGUAAACAGCAGGAAUUUAGAACAUCCCAAACUUUGGACUCACAGCAGUAUGUAGAGGGGGAAAGCCAUCAAGAACUCCGCACAAAUUUAACCGUGGACACCCAGCAGGAUGGAAAGGGGAGCAAUCUGCAGGAACUUGGCACACUUCUAACCAUAGACCCCCAGCAGGAUAACGAGGGGAAAAGCCAACAGGAACUCGGCACAUCUCUGAGCAUGGACACCCAGCAGGCUAGAGAGGGGAGCAUCCUGCAGGAACUCGGCACAACGCUAACCAUGGACACCCAGCAGGAUAGAGAGGAGAGAAGCCUGCAGGAACUCGGCACAACGCUAACCAUGGACACCCAGCAGGAUAGAGAGGAGAGAAGCCUGCAGGAACUCAGCCCAACUCUAAGCAUGGACACAAAGGAGGAUAGUGAGGAGAGAAACCUGCAGGAACUCAGCACAACUCUAACUAUGGAAAUCAAGAAUGAUAGUGAGGGGAGCAGCCUGCAGGAACUCGGCACAACUCUAACCAUGGACACCGAGAAGAAUACUGAAUGGAGCAAUCUCAACAUAAUCUUGGACGCCCAACAGGAACUCGGCACAGUUCAUAGUCUGAAUUCCCCUCUGCAGGAUAAUGAGGGGACCAAACUACAGGAAAUUAUAACACCCCUACCUCUGGAGUCUCUGCAUGAUAGGAAGGGGAGCAAUCAACAAGAACGCAGAAUCCCCCAAACACUGGAUUCCCAUAAGGAAGUUGAAGUAAACAGGUUGCAUAAACCUGACACACCCCAAACCCCUGACCCCCAGGAACAGAACAAAGAGAGCAAGCUCCAGGAGCCCAGGGCAUCCCAAAGCCUGGAGACCAAGGAACAGAAUGAAGGGAACAAGUUGCAGGAGCCCAGCACAUCCCUAUCCACAGAGCCCCAGCAGGAAAUUGGAAAGUGCAGACUACAGGAGCUCAGUGCCCCCUUAAAAAUGGAGGCCCAGCAGGAGAGUGCAUGGAGCAAACCGCAGGAUCUCCACACACCCAUUGUGGAUCAAGAAGCAACUGGUGAGACCCAAUCUGUAUUGGAAAAUGAAGAGCUGGGACUGCACCCUAGAGAAAUCCAAGAAACAUGCCAUGUAACAGGUAAAUGUGACCCCAGCUGCUCCUAUACUCCUUGCUGUCUGUUGCUACAAAUGUUUGUGUUGGACGUGUACUGCUACUUAAAGAAUGCUUCUAAAAGAUGAUUAUUGCAAGGUCAAAGAUUUUGACAUUUUAGAUAGACGUAUUAACUGCAAUAUAACUGCCUAGACAUUGCUUGCUAACUUCUGCUGGCAUAGUCAUUAACUAGCUAAACUCUGUUAUGAGCUGUGUUUAUAAUUCUGAGCGGUUUAUUCACUAAACAAUGAAUUGUAUUCAAUUGCAAACUGAAUUGGAAUGACUUGGGGAAAAUGCACUACUUUUUAUAGUAACAUAUUGGCUAUCUUAAAAUUGAAUGUUUAAUUGUUUUCCCUGUAGUUCACUGUUUAGUAAUUAAACCAUUAACCGUAUCCUCAUUUGUCCAUCAUGCCACUGUGUGGGAACCUACAGGUGUGUAUAUAUAAUAUAUAGAUUUAGGUGGCUAUAUACAUAUAAAUACAAGAGCCCAGGGUACUUGUGGGUGGGUACUCAAAAAGGACUAAAACUACACUAGUUAAAUUUGAUGUCUAUAAAGGUUGGACUUGUAGGUUGAUUAUGUGUGGAUAACUAGAUGGUUUUAAGUAAACCUAUAACUUAUCACCAACACCUGUAUUGAACCAUGUUCUUCUUGAAUAUAUCCUGAAACUUGGUUCUGGAAUUAUUAGCACUAGGAAAGGUUUGCAAAAAGGAACAGAAAAUAAAAUGUUUUGUGUGGCGGGAGUCUGGCAUAGAUAGGGUCCCUUUUAUUGUGGAACUGUCAAUGCUCUGCAAGUUAAAGUAAAUGCUAUUGAAGAAUUUCCUGAUCUGCAUGUUUCUUCACAUGGGUUAAUUUAAUUAAAUGCUUUGCCCAGACAGCCAGGCAGGUCAUGUCAAUUUAAAAAAGAGAGGGGGAAAAAAAAGUGAAAUUUGGCUGAUAGUUUGUGCAGAAAUCUCAUGUGACCUACACCGGGGUCAGCAACCUAUUUGGCUCUGGCAGCCUUGAUUGCCAUGCAAAGACACCUCGAGUGCCAUGCAUGGCACACGUGCCAUAGGUUGCUGACCCCGGUGAGUCUCAGUGGAACUUUAGCUAUCUGCUUGUGCAAACCGAGCUGUGAUUGCAGGUGGUGAGGUACAAUCCUAAAUUUACACAUUGCAGCACUUAGAGGAAGUGAUCCACCCAGCACUUGUACAUGGGAAGCCGCACUUGAGUAGAGUAGCUGCGCAGCUUGCAAGUCUGGUCCUCACUGGACCCCAGGAAAGCCACCUACAGUGUUUAGAUAUACACAGAGCUGCAGAAGGAGCCUCAUCAUAAACAAACCACACACAAACACUACUGACAAUGCACAUACACGCAAAUAACCCCACAAGCUGCUUCACAUGCAAUGCAACAAACCACCACACACAUGCACCACACUAUUCUUGGUAUUAUACACAAUACCACAAACUACUCCUGAACAGAUAAAAUAUAAAAGCCCACAUAUGUACAAAACAACUGCAGCACCGAAUACAGUAACAUACACACCUCAAUAAAACAAAUAUAGGACCGGCACACAAAGGGACUUUAAGAAAUUGUUUUGGCACUGUACGUUGCCUACCCCUGACUGCACAUUCACCUUGCCAAACUAAUGCAGAAAUUAGGAAGAUUAAGUUUAGAAAUGCCCAUGGUAUCUAGUUUUUACUUUGGAUUCUAGAACAUCCUCUCUCUCCCCUGUGUUAUGUAACAGGUCUUUUCUCUCUGGUAUGCAUCUUUAGAGGCUUUGAGAACAUGCAGGUGUUAAAUGCUAUCUUCCCUAUUGGAGGGAUGGGUGUGCAGGUAGAACCUACCCAAUUUGAGACUUUGUUUGCAAGGUUCUGAUUGAAAAGGCAGUAUUUUUUUCUUGUCUACAAUUAUGUUUGUACACACUAAGCUGUGGAGUAUAGCAACCAGUGUGUUGCGUUCCAGGAGCAAAUGUACAAGAUUCUUUUAGAUGGCAGUAUUGAGGAUGGGUAAAAUGCCAGCAGACUGUGGUUACCCAAGGUUCUUGCAUACACACGAGGACCUGCCCCCCAAGGUCACCUUGUAUUGGAAUUGAAAUUGGGACCUUUUUUGCCACUGUCUUCCAUAGCUCCUUGAUUUGAACCCGUGGUAGAUUUUGCUUUUCUGCCCAAUCAAGGUUUUUCCAAACAACUCCUAAAAGUUAUUUAAUAAGAUCAUCUUGGUGGCUUCCACGUCCCUCACUGCGGGAUGGGACAUAAAUUGGGGAGGUCAUUGCCAAGGUCACUGAGUUAUCUAUGGACAAGCUUACAGCUAUAGUCCAUAAUACCCUUCCCUCUUUUCAUAAGAAUUGUGACCCCUUGUUUGAGAUCUGAUUUAAAGGAACACUAUAGUCACCAAAAAACUUUAGCUUAAUGAAGCAGUUUUGGUGUAUAGAUCAUGUCCCUGCAGCCUCACUGCUCAAUCCUCUGCCAUUUAGGCAUUAAAUCACUUUGUUUAUGAACCCUAGUCACACCUUCCUGCAUGUGACUUGUGCAGCCUUCCUAAACACUUCCUGUAAAGAGUCAUCUAAAGUUUCUUUCCUUUAUUGCAAGUUCUGUUUAAUUUAGAUUUCCAUAUUCCCUGCUAUGUUAAUAGCUUGCUAGACCCUGCAAGUGCCUCCUGUGUGAUUUAAAGUUCAAUACACAGAGAAAGAGAUACAAUCGUUUAAGGGAAAUUACAUCUGAUUGAAAGUGAAACCCUUUUUUUUUUUUUUUCAUGCAGGCUGUGUCAGUCAGAGCCAGGGGAGGUGUGUCAAGGGCUGCAUAAACAGAAACGUGAUUUAACUCCUAAAUGGCGGUGAAUUGAGCAGUAAAACCUGAGAGGCAUGAUCUACACACACAAACUGCUUUAUUAAACUAAAGUUGUUUAGGUGACUAUAGUGUUUAUUUAAAACAGGACUUUUUGAGGGUAUCUUCUAAUCCAUUGCAGCAAGUGAUACUCCUUCCUCCCCUUUCUCAGUAAGGUUAUGUAUGAGAAACUUCUGGGACAGUGUUCUAAAAGUGGAGUAGUUGCCAUGGAAACAAACAGAACAUUCCUGAUGAUCCCUGCACUUUGCCCAUUAGUGCACUAUGUUUACAUUUUUAAAUGCUCUGUUAAUACUGCUUGCCUGGGUCUUGCUUGCUUUUCCUACACAAAUCAAUGUGAUUUGACUUUAGCUUGUUCACUGACCUAGCAUUUCUUUUUAUAGCAGUUGGAAUGUUAAAUUCCUUAUAUGGUAAGCCACUCUGUUUUAUGCAGAAACCAAGAAUAACUAACUAUACCAGCUGUAUCUCUGAAAAACACAGAUUUUCUAUAUAAAGCAUGUGUUCGGGUUUUUGUUCAAACUACACCAGCUUUUUGCAGUAUAAAACUUGACUAUCUUGCCCCUGGAACAUCAUAUGACUGCUGCAGGUAGCAAAACGUUAAGCCCCUAGAUCGUUUGGUUGCGUUCUGCUGUUGUGGCUAGUUGCAGACAUGCAAAUGUAUGGGUUUUCAGUUUGACCUCACCGAGCCCAGAUUCUUUGACCUUGUGGAGCUUGCAUGCUUUGUUUUCAUUGCUGGAGCAGCACGUUUAAUGGAAUACAUAGGGGAACAAAUCUGGCGGGGCUUCUGUUGGAUGUGGUCCACUCAGUGGCUACAUUGGGAAUGUGGACAUCAAUAGACUUCCCCUUCCUCCAAGUCGGCUUUCUAAACUGGGUUCGAUUCCUUUUACUAAUGGAAAUUGGAAGAUAUUGGCAGAUGUAGUACAUUUAAAACUAGUUAAAAAGUUAUUAUAGCAUCUGAUUGCAAUGACACGUGUAUGCAGUCCAUUUGGGGAAAUAAUUGGGCAACACUCAACAUGAUUCACUUUACAAGUGGCAUAGUUUCAGUAAUGAGCAGCUUUAUGUCAAAAUGGGGGUAUACCCCUUUAAUUGACACAGUAAUUGAAAUUAGAAGAUUUAUUUCACUGCAUUCUGAGGUUACUGGGACACAUACAGCUUUUUUUUUUAGUGAGAAACACAAUGUUUACGUUUGUCGCUAAGAAUGCCUCUACUGGCUGUCAGACAGCAACUAUACGCACUUCCUUCUGAAAACUUUGAAACGUUGAAGGUUUUUCUUUUCGCCAUAAGAGAACACAGUGAAUAUAUCACCUACCGUAUCUUCCGGCGUAUAAGAUGACUGGGCGUGUAAGACGACCCCCAACCUUUCCAGUUAAAAUAUAGAGUUUGGGAUAUACUCGCCGUAUAAGACUACCCCUCUUCCAAUGCACACCAAAUAAAAAUUAGCAAUGAUGUACAGUGAGCAGGCAGAGCUACACAGCAAGACAUUAAAUAAUGAUAAUCUGAAAUAGCAUUUAAAGCACAGGUAUGUGCCAGGCUGUUUGGGCAUAUAAUCCAUGCCUGCUGGUCUAGCUAAUUGUGAUAUAUUCUUUUUACUCCCCCCCAAUCCUUCCUACGUUCUUCUCACCUCCUCUUCCCUGUGCAGAGUGGGUGGCUGAGCUCCUCUUCGUCCUGUCAGGCCGGGUACCGCGCGGUACAGGAGAUUGUUACCUGUUCCCGGCCGGACUGAAAGGAAGUGAGCACUCGUCUGCUUUCUGUAACCUCCUUUGGCCUUACGCAAUGGUCCAAUCUAGCAACCCAUACAGCAGGAAACACUCUUGAUCUUGCCUUCACCAACCUCUGUACUGCCUCUAAUCUCUCCAAUAUUCCCUUUCCUCUAUCUGACCACCAUCUGCUGACUUUUGACAUUGGCAUACCCAAGACCCAAUUGACACCACCAUCUGAACAUCACUCUCACAGAAACCUCCAAUGUCUUGACCUAGAGCAUUUCUCCACUAAUCUCCAAACUCUCCUUUUACAUAUCUCAAACCUCACCUGUCCUAGUUCUGCAACCUCCUUCUACAAUUCCAGCCUCUCCUCUCAACUAGACAUCAUGGCCCCUUGUACAUUUAAACACCGCAGGCCCCCCAACAACCCUGGCACACCAAGCUCACUCGAUACCUCCAAAAAUGCUCCAGAACUGCUGAACGCUGUUGGAGACAGUCUCACUGUGCAUCUGACUUUCUCCACUAUAAAUUUAUGCUGAGCUCAUACAGCUUGGCUUUUUCCUCUGCAAAAGUUAAUUACUUCAAUACACUCAUAACCACACUCUCCUGCAAACCCAAACGACUAUUUCACACAUUUAACUCUCUUCUUCCCUGCUGUUCCUCCUCCACCUACUAACUUGACCGCCUCAGACUUUGCAACUCACUUCACUGACAAGAUCUUUCUUCUUCCCCUUACAAUACUUCCCCUAAUUUCACUCCCUCUGCUGUUGUAUGUUAAUUCGCACCCGCUACAUUGGAAGAGGUUUCUGCUCUGCUGCAGUCCUCCCGCCCCACCACCUGCUCCCUAGAUCCAAUUCACUCGCAUCUCAUCAUGUCUUCUUCUUUCUCCACCUCUCACUAAAAUUCUCAAUCUCUCUCUCUCCUCUGGUAUAUUUCCAUUGCCCUUCAAACAUGCAACUGUAACCCCAAUUCAAAAGAAGCCCAAUCUUGACCCUAACUCCCCAUCCAACUAUCGUCCUAUCUCGCUACUGCCUUUUGCAUCCAAGAUCCUUGAAAAAAUUGUGUAUGUGAGAUUGACAGACUUCCUAGAGUCCAACUCUCUGGAUUGCUAAGCACUCUGUGGAAACAGCACUGACCAAAGUAUCCAAUGUUCUACUCGCUGCAAAAUCUUGUGGUCACUACUCUAUCCUAAUUCUCCUUGACCUGUCUGCGGCUUUUGACACUGUUGAUUAUCAACAGCUUCUUCUCAUCCUCCGCAAUAUCGGUCUACAAGAUAUUGCUCUCUCAUGGUGCUCCUCCUACCUCUCCCAGCGCUCUUUCAGUGUUUGUUUCUCUGGCUCUGCUUCUUCUCCCCAACUCCUCUCUGUUGGUGUCCCCCAAGGUUCCGUCCUUGGUCCCUUACUGUUCUCCAUCUAUACUGCCUCUCUUGGUAAACUCUAGCUCCUUUUGGCUUCCAAUAUCAUUUCUAUGCAGAUGACACGCAAAUCUACCUGUCCUCUCCUGAUCUCUCCCCGUCCCUCUUGACUAGUGUCUCUGACUGCCUCUCUGCUGUUUCUAACUGGAUGGCUGCCCACUUCCUUAAACUAAAUUUGACUAAAACUGAAAUUCUGGUCUUUCCUCCCUCAAGUGUUGUUACUCCUGUGUCUCCCUCCCUCCAAGUCAACGGUGCUACCAUCAGCUCCACCACGCUGCCUAGAUGUUCUCUUUGACUCCGACCUCUCCUUCAAGCCUCAUAUUCAAUCUAUCGCCAAAUCCUGUCAUUUCCAUCUCAAAAACAUUGUGCGCAUCCACCCCUACUUAACGCCAGAUGCGACUAAGGUGUUGGUCCAUUCCACUGUCCCUUCCUGCCUUGACUACUGUAAUCCGCUUCUCAGUGGUCUUACGUGCUCCCAACUAGUGCCGUUACAGUCCAUAAUGAAUGCGGCGGCGAGGCUCAUCUUCCUGUCUGCCCGCACCUCCCACCCUUCUGUCAAUCCCUACAUUGGCUUCCUAUAAAAUAUAGAGCUCAACUUAAAAUUCUGGUUCUUGCUUUCAAAUCUCUACAUAAUGCUGCUCCCACCUAUCUAUCCUCCCUUAUACACAAGUAUGUCCCGUCUAGGCCCUUACGAUCUGCUGAAGACUUACGUCUAUCUUCUGUCCGUACUCCCACCUCUGAUGCUCGCCUUCAAGAUUUCUCGAGGGCUGCACCGUUCCUGUGGAACUCGCUUCCCUCCUCCGUUAGAUGCUCACCCAGUCUCCACUCCUUCAAAAAAUCGUUAAAAACCCACUUCUUCAUAAAAGCGUAUCAAUUAAACUGUUAAUAGCUCCUGACUGAUUCCUCUUCUGCAACUGUCAUUAGUCUAAUACUAUCCUUACCUUUGUGUGUCAUUUUACCCCACUCCCUCUCUAGCAUGUAAGCUCAUUGAGCAGGGCCCUCAACCCCUCUGUUCCUGUGUGUCCAACUUGUCUGGUUCCAAAUACAUGUCUGUUCAUCCACCCAUUGUAAAGCGCUGCGGAAUUUGAUGGAUAAUAAUAAUAAUAAUAAUAAUAAUAAUAAUCCCGGCAUAUAAGACGACCCUCGACUUUGGAGAAGAUUUUCCAGGGUUAAAAAGUCGUCUUAUACGCUGGAAAAUACGGUAUAUAAGCCCUGGAUUCUGUUCUGAUCUAUAGAAAACAUUCAACUGGGUGAGCAUGACUUCUGCUGUGCACUGUAGGGCACGGCUUGUCUGAGAGGCAUUGGAUUGGACUGAGAUGAUCUGUUAGGAUGAUCUCAGAAUAGGAGUGGUGGCCACAUGGCGCUGAAUGAAAGGCAAAUCUAACUAUAAAGUAUGGAUCCAAAAAUCUAAACAUGCCGGGGAACACUGUUAUAAAGAACUAUUUAUUUUAAAGCUUGGUCUGUAUGAGUGCAUGUGUGGCUCUGCAGGAGCUAUGUAAUUUAAAUGCUUUACCUAGUGUGUCAAACACAGCUUGUGAAUUAAAAUUAAAGAGCAUUAUAUUGUAUUUGUUUUUCCUUUCCACGGAUGACUAAUACAUACUUUAGCUAAGUGAUACUGUCUAUUAAUUAACUGCAAAGCAUGCCUCUGUAAAACUGGUUGUAGCAUGAAAUAUGAUAAAUCUAAUUCAGGAAGCAAUGGCUUAGAAACUUGUAUUUUUAAAUUGGAGGCAUUUUAAUUUAUAUUUUAACUGGCAUAACUUUAUUUUGCAAUCUAGGAGAAGAGCUGGAUGAAGAGGUGGCAGAAUAUAAGCCAGAACAUAUUGAAACUGCUGAAGAAACACAAAGUGAUUUGUUGACUAGUGAAGUUCUAAAAGAGUCUCCUCACAAAGAGAAAGCUAUGGAGUUAAAUAGUCAUUCUAUUACACAUGAGAAGAUUGAAGUAGACCUGUAUAAAUCUGCUGAAGUAUCAGAAGGUGACAUGAUCACUGAUGUCUUGACAAAUGGUCUUGAAACUCCUAUCGAUCCUUGUGUUGCUAUGACUGAUGGUGAUGUGUGUGGAGAGGUACUAGAUCAUGAAGCAAUCCAGUCAACCAACACAUCUGAAGAAUUUAGACCUGUUGAGUUAUUGAAUAUUGAUAUUUGCAAAAGCAAAGGUGUACAAGAGAUGAACAACACUUGUAUCCGUUUGUCUCACCAACAAGAAGAUUCUUCUGAAAUCCAUGGGCUGAACAUAAAUGAUGAUGCUGUCGGCCUAGGAAAUCUAUCUGACGAAGACAUUAAGCCAUCAGAAGCUGAUCAUGUAAAGGUGAAGAAGGUUGCGGCUGUGCAGCCAAUGCCACAGAAUGUGAAUGUUGGUUUCAAAGUGCAUUAUAUCACUCACACGGACUCUCAACACAUUGCAGUCACUGGUGAUCAUGAGCAGCUUGGUGGUUGGGAUGACUAUAUCCCACUGACAUACGAAAAAGAUGGUUUCUGGUCGCAUUCUGUUCUGCUUCCUUCUGACGCCAAUGUGGAGUGGAAGUUUGUGAUGGUGGAAAAUGGGAAGAUAAGACGCUGGGAAGAGUGUACCAACAGAAUCUUAAAGACUGGACAUGAUGAUGUCAAUGCUCACUUGUGGUGGGGCUAUCACUGAGUGACAUACCCCAAAAAUAUCCUUCCCAGUUUUACUGUAGUAGGCCCCUUGAUCCUCCACUUCCAACACCUUUCCCCAUGCAAUGAAUGGAAUGUUCUGAGUUAGGACGGGGUUUCCUUCUUUAUUCAACUGAUUCAGGAUUGUUAGUUUAAUAAUUACCAGGGACAACUAGGAUAUUGAGAGUGUGUUGACAUGUUGGGCAAACAACCUUUUGACCCAUAUUAUGAAAGUUAUAUUUUAGCCCAGAGUCAAUAGUUUGUUCUUAAAUGUCAUAGCUUAAAAUUGCAAUAUCAUGAAUAAAUGCUGCUAUUUAUACAUUUUUAUUUAUUCCCACCCCUAUCCUUAUGUUCCAUUAAGUACAAAUUUAAACAGUCAUGCACUUUGUAAUGGUAAUAUUCUGUUAAAUGACUGAAGAGUAAGGUCAAGUGAAAUAUUAAAUUACAAAUUAAAUGGAUGUUCACUUCAUGGAUAUUUUGGCUUAAUGGCUGAAGAUAGUAUAUAAAGUAGUUAGAAAGCUUCACCUCAGAUAUUCCAUAUUUUCUCAAAGCUUUUGAUUCCUAUGUUUUGUGCACAUUAAAAAAAAUAGCUUUUUCUCUUUUUUUUUUUUUUUUUUUUUAAAAAAUUUUUUUUUUUUUUUUUCCCCAUCUCCAUCCUAGGAAAAGGUGCCACUGAAGAGAGAACCCAAUGCACACAUCCAUAUUUUUUUUAAUAUACACUAUGUUUGUUAUAUCUGUGAACUAGUUGAGUUGAAACAUCUGGGGCUUCAGACUUGCAUUCUAAUCCAAUUUUUCUUUUUUUUCUUUUUGUGAAUAAGAUUCUGUAAAUCAAAGUUACAGCUGAAGAAACAAGCUCUUAUUUGAUUUUAAUAAAAAAAAUACUAUGUCAUUUUAAUGGUGUUGGGAAAAAUUUAAAGUUUUGAGGUACCCGUCAAUACUUAUGCUUUUUUUUCUUCUGAAGUGUCUAAAUAAAAUGGGAAGUACAAAUCUGCAUAGUUCUUAAUUUUCUAGUUUCUGGUGUUAAAGCUAGUAAAGCCAUACUGCAAGUCAAAAAAAGUUAAUCUAAACAAGUAUACUGCUACAAGAAACCUAUACAAGGAUAUUCGCUAGAGUGAAAAUCCAAAAUAAAUUCAAAUUUAAGACCAGAGUAGCAAAACUACAAGCAUAG